GCCAUGAUAAUGACCAACAGUCGCAUGAACAGUCGUAACCUCACUUUUUAAAUUAGUACGCGCGUCGUGUUUGUGGAAUCUUCGUUUUUAAUAAUUUUAUCUGUUUUCUUCUUGCAAAUUUUGUUAAUUAGUGAGCUUUGGUGAAAAUGGUGAAAGAAGCGGAUAUCGAACCUACAAAAAAGCGAAGAAAAUCUGUCGGAGGAGGAACAAUUGCAGUGAAGGAUGGAGACAUGUAUAAGACGAUAAUAACUUAUGAAGAAAAAGAAGCACUCGAGAGAUCUCCAGAAGAAGAUUCAGACAUUUUUCUCGCCACAUGUGAAGGAAUUCGCACAGCGAUGGCAAAAAUUGCUGAAUUGAAGACCAGUGAAAGUCCAACUGCGAAGGAGGAAAUCAGCGAAUUACAAAUAACGACAUCGUUGGCUUUCAUCGAGUUGAAAAAACUCAACAGGAUGGAGAAAUUCAGGACAAAAUUUGCCCGAGAUUCUCUCAUAACUGCAAAAAGUGGAGUCGACAGUCGCCAUCUUCAUUUACAGAAUUUAUUAUAUGAAGUCAUGCAUCUCAAAAAGGAAGUCAUGAAGUGUCUUCAGUUCAAAUCAAAGGACGAGAUGAUAGAAUUAGUAUCAGAGGAAGAAUUUUACAAGGAAGCUCCAGAAUCAGUUUCAAGAUCCGAAGUGACAAAAAAAGAUCCUCAUCAACUGAGACUGGCUCGACUCGAGUGGGAACUCACUCAAAGAAAACAACUAGCUUCUCUCUGUCACGAACUCUUUGAUAGUAAAAAGGUCGUCGCUUCGAGUAUUGAACAAAAGCAAACCCGAUUGGACAAUCUUGCUCCGCAACUUCGCACCAUUUUGGAAGCCAGCAAACCUUUACAGGAAAGCCUCGGUCUUCCUUUAGACAAAAUAAGACACGACCACAAAAAAGCUGCAUUAUUGUCUUCACCUCUUUAUGUCCUCUAUGCAAAAUCUUCUGCAUACAGAGACGCCUAUGAUUCAUCAUUGAUUGUGACAAUCGAAGGCGACGAGGAUGAAGCUAAGCGAACAAACAGUCAAGACAGGCUUCAAGAAUCCGAUUCUGAUGCGGAAACUACUUCGGAAAAUGUAGUCGAGGAAGCACCGGUUCAUAAAAAACGACACCACCGAAUGUCGAAAGAAGCAAGACAGGAAGAAAAGAAAUUGAAGCUUCUUCAACGACAUCCUCUCAGUGUCAAGAUUGUUCUCCUAUUCAAAAAUGAAACAAAACUGACGCUACAAUUCUUCUACUUAACUGUUCUGAAGGUCGUAUCUGUUGAAUCGAAUCUAGAAAGCGUUGACCAAGGAGGUGUCACUGCAGGGGACAUGUUGAUAUCCGAAUCUGUUCUCCGAGAACUCUACCCCAGAGACACAGGACUCGAAUCACCAAAUCCGGCGAAUCAUUAUCAAUUGGCGAGACACAAACUUGGAUCUUUUCCUUCUCUAGGACUCGGGAUUCCCUACAAAUGGGCUCAACGAAUGGCAGGGCUUUAUUUUGACGCGCCCGACGUUCAAGAACAGAGAGCAAAUGUCACUAGUCAGGAACUUGCCCAUGACAACAUAGAAAAUGUCCUCAAGGAAAUAAAGAGGCGCGUGAAGGCUAGGCUUGAAUUAUGUACUGAGAUUCGUCAACUAGAGUCUGGAAACUUGCCUAUUUUCACUGGUACUGUGGAUCCCAUUCCGCAGAAAAUCGCUACAAAUUUGUGCAAGUUUGUAACCCUCUCCUGGAAGAACUACUGCAAUAGUCCGGAUACGCCUCCAUUUUGUCGUGACGGUUUGGUCAACUCGAUUGACGUUUUUUACGAGGCUGUUCUACGAAGAGGAAGCAGUGAGCUCAUCGCUCGGAUUGCAAUAAAACCCGAUUACCCAAAAGUCACUCCAGUCUUCAGCAUAAGUUUAAGUCCAUCAGUUCCAGCUUCAGUCGAUGUUCUCCGAGAUAUUGAGAGGGAAGUGAACGUAAUGUGGGAAAAGCCCCCGACUCUGACUGCACAAAUUCAACGGCUCAGAGCCUGUUUCGAUAUUUAUUUGGAAACCGAAAGUAUGGCACCAAGGGAGAAGAUUUUCUUCCAUCCAGUCAAAGGAAGAACUCGCUCUCGUCCCUACAAGUAUGUUGCUUUAGGCGGAGGUAUUUUUACUCAUCGAUAAAAUAUUAUGAGAAAUCAUCAAAAGUGUACGAUUCUAAUUUCCAAAAAUUUAAUAAACUUGUUUUCAG